AUGGCAUCGGAACGCACAAGUUCUCCCUCUCACUCAUCCCUCUCCCUUCAAGCAAUGAAUCAACCUCUCCCUCUCACUCAUCCCUCUCUGCUGCACCCCUUUCUUAUUGCGCUCUCCUGUUGUGCACAUCUCCUCGUGCACGUGGUGGGUGGGGGGAGUAGCCGUGGGCACAUGGCGUGGGAAUGCACAGCAGGCGUCACCUGCAGCAUCUGCGGGCAGACGGGCCAUCUGCAGCGCAACUGCCGCAACGUCUCCUGCCACAAGUGCGGUCGCAAGGGCCAUAUUUCCAAAUUCUGCAAUGAUCCAUUCGCCAGGGCAGCUGAGGCUGAGCGCAUGGAGAGGCAACAGGCAAUCAUGUCUGCAAGGGCGGCACAGACUCAGAGACAUGUGGCCCGGCGAUCAGUCAUCCAUGCCACCCCUCACGCGCCUGGCAAGGGCAUGACCACAGCGUGGGAUGGGCUAGGCCGAUCCGUACCGCAUACCCCUCCUGUCUUGAUUCUCAAAUCCCCCCCUGCUGCUAAAGCUGCAACCAAGGAAGCUACUGCUGCUCCUUCAGGUCUUAGCUCCAUUCAUGCUCUUCCUGCUUCUGGUGCUGCUAGUUCUGCCGGUGGUGCUGGUUCUGCCAGUGGUGGUGGUGGUGUGGGUGCGGCUGCAGUUGGAAACAAGAGGAAGGUGGAGGAGUUGGAGGAUGGGGCGGGCGGUGGGCUGAGAGGGUUGCUGGCGUAUGAGGAAAAGCAGGCUCACCAGGAAUUGCAAUAA